CUGUUUCCAUGGAAACACACAACAUCCACGCUUCACAGCUGACUGAUCAACUCGCGAGAAGGGGACAGUGAAAUGCAAUUCCAAUAAAGAAACCCAAACUACUUCUUGUAUCGUUAGAAGUGAAAGAUCUUUUGUAAAUAUACAAGUUGGUAGUGUUAACUGUUAAACAUUUUGCUCCUUUGUAUGAAACAUGGACGGGUUUUCCUCUUUGCAAACGCUCCAAGCCCUUACAAACUUGCUGUCAACCAAGGAGGAAGACGAGGAGGAGGAAGUUAAGAGUGUCCAGCCGUCAGCUAAACUGGGACCAGGCAGCAUCGGGCCCCCAGCCAACCCCAACAAGCACAAAGAAAACCAGACGAAACAAGUCUCCUCUAAGGAUAUCUGGGCUGAGGAGGAGGUUGCUGACGGGUCUCAAUUUGAUGACAUCAUUGACCCGCGACCAGAACCAGAGUAUGAGGUGAUUUUGAGGCAGAGUGUGGCACCAGAGGAUCUCUUCCUGGGCAUGAGUGGUAAAGACCCCUCCUCCAUGUGCUGUGAAGGCAUACUGGUAAAGGUAAAGCUGCCAGACACUAAGGCGAGCGAGAUGGUCCUGGACAUUCGAGAGAAGUUUCUGGACCUGCGGACACCAAAAUUUAAGCUGGGCCUCCACCUUCCCCACCCCGUCCACAAAGAUGAGGGAAAGGCUCGCUUCAUCACCGAGAGAGAAGAACUGGAGAUCACUCUACUAUUGAAAAGACCAGCGGACUAUAUCAACCAAGAACUGCGAUAACUCAUGAGCUAUUCAUGAACUACUCAUGAACUAUUCAUGAACUAUUCAUGAUAUUCACUGUUAAUUCAUUGAGAGAGAAGCACUGGAGAUCACUCUACUAUUGAAAAGACCAGCGGACUAUAUUAACCAAGAACUGCGAUAAUUCAUUAGCUGUUCAUGAACUACUCAUGAACUAUUCAUGAUAUUCACUGUUAAUUCAUUGAGAGAGAAGCACUGGUAAUCUCACUACUAUUGAAAUGACCAGCCAAUUAUAUAAACUAUGAUUUGCGGUGAUCCAUGAAUUAUUCUCGACUUCAUAAUUUUAGCCUCUCUGGGAAAAUACUGGAGAUCUAUCUAUUAAUGAAAAGACCAACAGACUACAUAAAUCAAGAAUUACGCUAAGCCUUGAGCUAUUCUUGAUAUUCAUUGUUUAUUCACCAUUAUUUCAUGAGUUGUUCAUUGACUCUUAGCUACAUCUCUGACAAGAAAGAACCGGAAAUAUUCCUUCUUUUGAAACGAAUAGCAGACUUUAUAAUAAGCUAAUUCAUGAACUCUUUGUUGGGUAGUUGAGGGUGUAUGGUUUUUAUUACUUAUAUAGUGUAUAUGUCUUGCAUGUAUAAUCUGGACCCUGAGUCUGUUAAAUAAAGUUUAUGUUUAUACA